AUGGCGCCGAAGCGGGAGCGCGUUAGUCGUUCAGGCGAGUCGGCGAGGCGCGUGACCCGGUCGACGAGCGUACAGGAGGAGGUGGAGCGAGAGGAUGCGGAGGAGGGGCAGGAGGUAGCGGGGAUUGCGGAGGUAGCCGCGGAGGAGGCCCAUACCGAACCACAGACGACGCGUGAGCGACGGGAUGAUCGUCGUGCGGAGAUGAACGGCUCAGAUGAAAGCGGGACUCGCCGGAGCAAGCGACUUAGGACGGGGGGAGCGAGCGGCGGCGAUGGUUCCUCUUCGCAGCAGCCGGCUGACGUGGUGAAGCGAGAACGAGCCGCGGGCCCGGUGAAAAGUGAAGCUGACGUGGCCGUGAGGCGCCAAGCUGGAAUGGUGAAACGGGAGGCUGCUAUCUUGGCGAAGCGGGAAAACGUCUCUCGCGCCAAGGGCAAGGAAAAAGUGGUUGAGAGCAACAACGGCUAUCAUGCCGAGGCUGUCGGUUACGAGCCAGAUGGCUACGUUCGGGAUUCGCAGGCUGCCGGACCUAGUACGCAGCCUCGCGCUCGCGAACGCGCCGAGCCUGAAGAAGACGCCGAACGUCCGGUUACUCCGUCCGGUAUGGGGGAGGAUCGGGACGGACCUGAAGGCACACCGACACAGGCAACAGUGGCUCUUCCUCGCGCCAUGCCACGAGGCGAGGACGGGUUCCAGCCUGGCAAUAUCCUAUUGGUGCAGGUGAAACACUUCAUGACGUAUGCAUCCAUCUCAGCGCGCCCCUCGCCGCGCCUCAACCUCAUCGUGGGGCCCAACGGCUCCGGCAAGAGCUCGCUCGUCUGCGCUAUCGGGCUGGGGCUGGGCGGAGAACCCAAGAUGCUGGGACGGGCGGCGCACGUGGGGGAGUUUGUGCAGCGGGGGGAGCGCAGUGCGGAGAUCAGCAUCGUGCUGCGGGGGGACGUGGCGGGGGAAGAGGUGUACAUCACCCGCAAGAUCUCCAUCGAGAAUCGCACUGACUGGCUGCUCAACGGGCAUGGAGUGCGGCGGGAUCAGGUGCAGGAGUGCAUGAAGCGCUUCAACAUCCAGAUCUCUAACCUCACACAGGCACGUGCUGUGGGGAACAUAGUGAAGCGCUUCAAGUGCUGUGGGGCACAUAGUGAAGCGCUUCAAGACCGGGUGUGUGCGUUCGCGGGCAUGUCGCCCAUACAGCUGCUGGAGGAGACGCAAAGGGCAGUGGGCGACCCACAGCUCUCCCAGCAGCACGCCUUCCUCAAAGACCAGCAGGACGCCCUCGCCACCCUGCAUGCUGUGAGUGACAUGGGGCUGGAGUGGGGGCUUCUGGAGUGGACGCUGGUGUCGCACGAGGAGCAGCUGGGCAAGCUGCAGGUGGCGAACGCGCAGGUGGAGGUGGAUGUGGAGAAGGUGCAACGCAGGGAGGCCAUUCUCAAGGAGGUGAGUGGUGCUGUUGGGGGCUCUCUAGUGUUGUACCGUUCUCUAGUGGCAACUGCAGGUCGAAACCUGUGUAAGGUGGGGAGGAACAAGAACCAGACUCUCUUUCCCACUUCCACUCUCCUCCUUCCGCCCUCUCCUCCUCCCACUCUCUCCCCCUCUGCUCCCUGCAUGCAGGUCGCACUGAUGAAGAAGAAGGUAGCGCUGAUGAAGAAGAAGGUGCCGUGGCUCAAGUACGAGCGGGUGAAGCGGCGUGUGAGGGAGAUGGAGGUAGCGGUGGAGGCGAUGCACAAAGAGAGAGAUGACCUGCAGACACAAGUCAUGGCCGCUCGGGACCCCCUUGUAGCGUUGAAGGAGAGUCGAGGGGGGUUUGCAUCGCUGGUGGCCAAGAUAGGGCGCGAGAACGAGGCGAGGGAGAGGAAGCUGCGGGAACUGGCAGAGGAGAGCGACCAGCUGGUGCAGCAGGCGGUGGAGAGGCAGCGUGACGUGGUGCAGCAGGCGGUGGAGAGGCAGCGCGACGUGUUGGAGGCGAAGAAGAAGGCGGAGAGUCGCGAGCAGCGGCUGGCCAAGGCACUGGCCGACCUGCAGCAGCUGGAGGCGCAGCUCGCCGCCCUGCCGGAAGUCAAACCGCCCAAGGCCGCCGUGGUGCGUGAUGGAAAAAAGGCCGCAUGGGGCGUGGGGCAUGAGAUCAUGGGUGAGGCGAUGAGUGGGUGCGUGCGUGUUCUGGAGCGAGCUCGGGAUGACCUGCAGCAGCUGGACGCGCGCAGCUGGCCGCACUGCCGGAAACGAGCCGAACAAUUAGAUAUGGAUCCUUUGGCAAAACGUGGGAGGGAGUUGCGGAUGCAGGCGGGGGAGAAAGAGCGAGAGGGGCGGCAGCUGGAGCAGCAGAUGAGUGUGCUGAGGGAGCAGAUGGGACGCGUUGAGAGACGCAUAAACGAAGUGGCCAACAGUCGCAACCGGCGCAUAGAGCGGGCGGGUGACAGGGAGCUGAAGCAGGCGUGUGAGUGGCUCGACCACAACCGCACUCAGUGCAAGGGGGCCGUCUACGGACCCAUCCUCGCAGAGGUGAACGUUAUCGACCCCGAUGCGCAUGCAGUCUUUCUUGAGGGUCCUUCACACUCCCCAUGCUAUGCUCCCAUGCCCUCUCUUCCCCUCUUUGUUCCAUUCCCCCCCUCCACCUCCCUGCACCCUCAGGUGAACGUUAUCGACCCCGAUGCGCAUGCAGCCUGCCUAGAGCAGCACGUGCCGGUGUGGGUGUGGAAGGCCUUUGUGACAACAGUACCGGAGGACCGGGAUUUCCUGGUGCGCCACUUAAAGCCCCUCGGUUUGGCGGUGGUCAACGAGAGCAGUCGCCCUGAGGAGCUGGGUCCUCCUGCACAUGCCAUGGCGGUGGAUGCACAUCUGCAGCGCCUAGGUGUCACGCACCGAUUGGACGAGGUGUUCAACGCGGCCCCAGUGGUGCGCAGUGUGCUCAACCAGCAGUCGCAGCUCUUCCGCUCGUUCGUUGGAUCGGCAGAGGCGGAUCGGAACGCGGAGGCGAUACAGGAGAGGGGAGUGGAGGACCUGUGGACGCCGGAGAGCCACUACCGCUGGCUGCGCUCGCGCUACAACGGCUCCCUCUCCAUCAAUGCACACGGCGUGCGCCCCUCCCGCUUCUUCUCCCAAGAGUCGGGGUUGCAGGAGGAGGAGCAGCUGCAGGCAGAGAGGGAGCGCAUUGAUGCGCGGGGCAUGGCGCUGCAGGAGAGGGCGAACGCCGUGCGGCGGGAGCAGCGCACUCUUGAGGCCGAGGCCGCACAGUGCGAGAGACAGCGGGAUGAGAUUGUGAACGAGUACCAUGGGCAGAAGAAGCAGCGCACCGACCUGCAGAACCGCAUUGGUGAGUCUCUCUCACCCUUGAGUCGUCACAAAAAAGGUGAACCUUGA